UACUUUGGUUUGUGGGGUAGAUAGGUUAGAUUAGUUAUAUCCAAUAUUUAAUGCAUAAUUCACGGAAGCAGAUAUUAGCUUUGCUAGCUCUACAUAAAAUAUGUAAUAAAAUGCGCGGCGGGUGAACUCUGUGAAAGCACGUUAUAUGUAAAAGGUGUCCAAACGUGUACUUAUUGUAUAUGCAGGGGCUCUUCUGCCUAUACUAGAGAACUAUAGUUCAUCAUGGCGUUUGAACGGUUGAUGAAAAUACGUCACUAACAACAACAACGAAAGACUUGCUACGAAUACCAUAAUGAAGAGUCGUAAUAUAGUUAGCUACUGUAUUAUUUAAUUACAUUUAGUUUUUCAGGUGCUAAACGUAAAGGGAACGGUUUGAUUGCAACGGAAGUUAACAUGGUAUCGUCGACAUAACCGCUGAAACCCGGAGAAAAGCUUGGAUUGGAGCUCUACUAAAGGCAAAAGAAGGAACUGCAUGUCGCUGACUUAAGUCUGCUAGCCUGUCGCUAAAUUAUAGCUGGCUGGCGCAAAAACAAAACGAAGAAAUCCAAUCCACCUGACUUCUAAAUGAAACGAGGGGUUUACUCCCCCUUAUUGGUAGUUAGCUAGCUAUGCUGCCCAAGUUGUAAUGAUAGCCUACCAUGUAAUGGUGGCAAGUUAGAUACGAUUAGAAUAAAAUAACGUUAAGCUGUCAAUUUAAAAGGAAUAUCUGAAGGUAAAAGUUGCAGCAGUGCUAGCUAGCGACAUAACGUUGUACAGAUAUGAACAACUUCGUGAAAGUUUCUUUGCCCAUCAAACAAACCGAUAAGCAACAUCCAGUGCAAAUGGCAACAUCCAGUGCAAACCAAAGUGGGACUGGUGUGUUUUACCAGGCCAUGCCUGCAGUUGGCGCCGAUGGAAAGAACGUAAUGAAGCUAAUACCGGUUCAAAAAGUCAAUGGGCAGUUUGUUCAAAUGCAGACAAAUCCUAAUCUGCCAAGUUCUUACAGAAGAGCAGCAGAUUUUGAACCACAGAGACUGUUUGCCCACCCCAUUCACCUCUCCCCCAAUACAGUUCCACAUAAAGUCCCUGUCCUUCAGCCUGCCAUCAGUGCGAGGUACAUACUGAAAAGACCGCAAGAUGUUAAUGUUAUGUUGAACCCUGUUGCUGGAACAGCAAAAUGCAAUGAGAGAGUGUCAGUUGCCCCUAUUCGGGUUCAAGUUCCCAUUGUAGCAACUAAAGUGGCCCAGAAUAUGCCUGUGGCACCACCAAUGUUGAACUGUGGGAAAACACUCACACUUUUGAAUAAGAAACAGUUGCCAGUCACUGUUAAAUCGCCAGUACUUCCCAGUGGACAUUACCUUCAGAUCCCACCCAAUGCUCAAGUGAAAACACUCCCUGCCUCCGCCCUUCCUCAAGCUAUAAAGAAGCGCAUUUUGACUCCACCAGCGAGCACGACAAGUGCCGCCAGUUCCACAAAUCUACCGACUGUGGUGUAUGUGUCCCCCGUAAACACUAUGAAAUUAGGCCCGUCCUCACGGGCUCCUGCAGUCCCACCUGCACCCCUGUCGUUCAAUCGAUUUCCAAAACCACCUGCUCAACCACUGGUGGCAGGUCCCGCCCCAAGCUCAACACAACCCUCAAAGUCGUUUCCUAAGGAAACCAGAGAUCCAGUCACUCCCAUUAAGUGGGUCGUUCAAGAACAUUCUGAUUCAACUGCUCCAUGCCUCGUUCCACAAAACUCUUCGACCAUGACAUCAGAGAUUCUGAAAACUCUGGCACAGAUGGAAAGAGUGAACCGAGCCGGGCAGUGCCCAGCACCGAAGCCAGCGCCUCCACAAGCCAGUCCCACAGGAGUGGGACCUGGGAAGGACAACGCCUUAGUCAUGUGUAAUGGGAAAAUGUAUUUUGUGGCUAAGAAAACCCCUGAAUUCAGUGAUCAAUCACCUGAAAUGCAGAAAACCCGUGCGACUGUGAAUAGCCCUUCCAAACACACCACAACACAAUACAUCAAUGACAGUAUUAACCAGAGAAAUAAACCUUUACCUAGCUUGCCAACUAGCUCCCUUCCUGGACCUCCUGCAGUGAAUUCACCGAGGCAAGGCAUGGGCCACAUUGUUAUCACUGAUGGACCAGAUGAAAUCAUUGAUUUGUGUGAUGAUGAGCCUCAGGACCAAUGUGUGAGCCAGAGUCAGACCAACACCACUUUGCCUGUCCUGACUCCAGGUAAACCUGACUCCAGUCUGUUGGCACCUGAGGAAGAUGAAGAUUCCAAUGUUAUAUUUGUCUCAUAUAUUCCACCCAAAUCAUCCUCUGAAUCGGCUGAUAAUGAAAGGGAAAUUGAUCAGGAAAGGGACAUUGUCCAGGACAAAUCUGCUGAGGACAGAACCGUUGUGGAAAAUGAAAGGAGCCCGGAAACGGCAACAAUCCAGGAGCGAGAAACUAAUCAAGAAAAUGUCUGUGCGGAGGAAAGUGAAUUCAGGCAGAAUUUGGAAGCUUCUCAAGGACAGGAAAACAAAACUGAAAAUGAAACCGCUUCAACCAUUCCAGACAAUUCUGUGAAGAAUAUUGUUGACCCAGGUUUGGACCAUCAUAUAGCUGCUUCUGAACCAAAAACCCGUCUUGAACAGGAUCGCCAACUGAAACGGAAAUUUCAGAUCAAGUCUGAUGUCAAAAUCUGUUUACAGAGAAUUACUUCUGAAUCCAGCGUAAUUCUCAAGAAAGGCCCAACAUCUGAUUCAGUCAACAAACGUACAUUAGAUGGCAUCCGCAAGCUGAUACAAGGAUCAAGGGUUGAAAUAAAAAAGAAAAGUGUAGAAAUUCAGGUUUCAUCUGUGAAUGAAAAAGGAGAAUUCAGUCCUCAGGACCCUAAAAGAAAAAAAGUUGAGCUCUGUGAAAACUCUGACACAGUUCCAGAUCCAGGGAGCACCUGCAGACCUAGCCACCCUGACAAUGAUCCGUCUUUAGAAAGAGCCAAGUCUCCAAGCAAAGCUAUCAGCAUUAGAGGGACUCUGCCUUCCCCCACACCUUUAGUAAAAACGGUGCUGGAGAACAUUGAGUCAACGUCUCCCAGCACGCCGGAAGUGACCGCAGCGAUGGUGCCUAGUACUACCCAGAACUCUGGCACAAAAUCCAGAAACAUCCCCAAAGCCAAGACUGCGCUGCCAAGAUCUCGUAAAGCAAAAGGAAAACAAUGCAGAGGCCUGCAAGAGACCAUGUUGGAAAGGGAGGCUCCAAAAGGCAGAGGCCUGCCAGAGACAAUGUUGAAUAAGGAGACUCCAGAAUGCAGAGGCCUGUUGGAAAAGGACACUCCAAAAUGCAGAGGCCUGCCAGAGACCGUGUUGGAAAAAGAGACCCCAAAAUUCAGUGGCCUUCCUGAGACCACGUUGGAAAAGGAGACUCCAGAAGAGGACAUGGAAACAUCAUCAGGUCAAGGAGACUCUAGUCCCUCCAAACUGGAAAUUGCAAACAAAGGCAGCGAGAUGACGGCACCAGCUGAAUUGUCCCCAGAAGCAGGUACAUUUAUGCAGGACGAAGUGCCUAAUGAUGCUCCUGAGCACGAGAAGGAACCAACCUCAGUGGAGAUCUGCUGUCCGUCGACUUUGAGUGAGCUGAGCUGUAAUGGCACAGGUGAGCCUCCAGGUGGCGACCUCUUCACUGCAGCUCCCAUGGACCCAGAGGAGAUAAAGAGGCAUGAGAAGAUCAAGCGCCUGAAGGAGCUGUUAAAGGAAAAGGAGGCUGCGCUUGAAAUGAUCCGGAAAAACCUGAUCUAAUGGCUGUUAUUGUUGUAAUGUCAUGCUUUUAUAUUGAAUCUAUUCAAGCAAUGUACAUAAUGUAUGCAUUUAAUGUACUUAUUUAUGAGGAUGUCAUUUUGUCUAGUCUUGUCUUUUUAAUGAAUUGCUCUACUGAAAUAUAUUUUACUUUAUUAUUUGAGAUUAAACAUUGGAGUUUAAAAUGUGGUUAAUUUAUUUCAAUACUAUAUUGUGCUUUUGUAAAUGCUGUUACAGAUGGCUGUAUGGAUACCUUGACAUUUAAUUAUUUUGUUCUUAAAUGUAAAUUGGAUUUUUUGAUUGCAUCAAAAUAUUUGAGCUUAUGUUUUCCAAAUAAAUAUGUAAUGUAAUGAAAUACACAUUGGUUUCCCGUGGCAA